AUGGCGGCGGACCAAGCGGCGCACCAUACCCUAGCGCAAGAAGCCAAGCACCCACGUGGAACACCAGCAGGGACAGAGUGCAACCGAAGAACAUACAAACCUACCUGGCAACUCCGAGGUCCAGAGGACUGCAACGCUCCAACUCCAGUCUGGAACACUGCAUGUGAGCCAACCACUACUAUCAGCGUAUGGGCACAGAGACUCCCACACGGCUUACACACAAUCACUGCGGCUCUGCAGAUUGGGAGUCGGCUGACUUCGGGCUACGCUGAGGACAGAAGCCAAAAUAAUCCACCCAAACCCAGGGGAUGA